AUGUCGACCCGACCUCGCCGGUCGGCCGCCCAGCGGGCUUCUAUGGCCAUUACUGACAUGGCCGACAGAGAUUCUGCCAUGACGUCCCGAUACCGGCGUCUAGGCGAGGGCCGUGGCUCCGGCCGUGCGCCCUCAGCCGACUCCAACAUGUCCUCGGUGCUCGCGUCCGGGUCGAGGAAGCGCCAGAGUGGCGCGGCCAGCAGUCUGCGCGAGCAGUCCGUGAGCGAUGGUGUCGUGCACAGCCGUCGGCCGACGCGCGGGGUCGCUCGAGGGGGUGCUGUGCCGCCGCCGUCGAUCAAGGUAUCGAAGCCGGCCGGCGAGGGAGCGUCUGUGGUGACGGCACCGCGUGGCGUUGGUCGGCCGCCCGGCAGUGGCAACAAGCUGCGGGCACCGUUGACGUCCAAGCCCGGGCCCAAGUCCAAGGUGCGGCGCGACGGCGAGGGUGGCAGUCGCGAAGGCACGCCUGACCUGUCGAAGAUGACGCGGCGGCAGCGGGCCCGCUUCGAGGAGACGCCGCAGGAGUACAUGAAGCUGUCGGACGAGGUCCAAGUCAAGAAGCACUUCACGGCCGAGGAGCUUAGCAUGCGGCGGGCCGAGAUGGCGCGGCGACGACGCAACCUGAGCGAGAAGCGGAACGAGGAGGUCAAGGCCGAGACGAUCAACAAGCUGCUGAAGCGACAGGCGCCCAAGACGACCAAGAAGAACGCGCUGGCCGGCGACGACUCGGGCGACGAGGACGGCCGGCCACGACCAGACCCAACCAUCAUUCGCUGGGUGAGCAAUAGCAAGGGCAGCCGCGUGGCCGUGGCGGCCGAGCUGCUGGCCGGGCCUGUGGGCAGCGUGUUCCGGACAUUGGGCAGCGCGAUGCCGCCGCGGAAGGUCCAGCUGGUCGAGGAGGUGGCAUGA